AUGGACGCUGCAAGCACCGCGUUCACGCUGAUGAAAGAUGCCUACCACAUCAUCGUGUUCAUCCGCACGGUUGUCGAAAACGCCAAAACCAUGGAUGCCGACACGGUCGAUAUCCAGAGCCAGAUCGACGACGAGAUCGGAUUCUUGGAGACCUGCAAGUUGCUCCUUUUCGAUGACAGCGGGCUGUUCAGACAGCCGCGCGGUCUUCCCGUCGCCAGUUUCCAGGGGAAAGUCGAAAACACCUCUCGGAAGCUUUUACAGGCCAUGGCGGAGUUUUACUCCAUCGCACGCAAGUACAAAGUGGUUGAGUCCGAGGGAUGGGAGCAGGUGGUGGGCGAUACCGCGAAUAUAGUGGGACGGAUGGCCGUCGUAUGCCAUCGGGUGCAGAAGAAGGUCAAGGAAAUCAAGAAACGGUACCUGGACUGGGGCGUCUUUGACAGGGACAGGAUCCUAGAGGUGCUGCGAGUUUACACUGGCCAUGCACAUGAGCUUCGGGCGACCCUGAAUCACAUUUUGAUGAUCGGCCUGGCCGCCGGAGACACUUGGUUCAAGGAGGUUCUCGACAGGAAAAAAGAAGAUCAGUGGCUCCAGGAAGCAACAGCACGCCGGCUUCUUGGCCUCCAGGAUCCGCCAGCCGAUUUCGAUACCCUGGACUGGGACAGGUUCCGGCCAAUGGGCCAGGAAUUCACCACCGACUCCGAUAUUGUGCAUGCCCAAUACGAUGACCACUCGGGCCAGACCCACAGCGUCAUUGUGGAAUACCGUUCGUAUGACGCGGUCUUGAUGGGCGCCUGUGAUGGCGCAUUCUCUGAGUUGAAGAUACCCAUCCGCAAGCUCGCGUGGGCGAUGCAGUCCGCGUUCACGAAGGUAGAUGGACCUGGCCGUUCAUCGACACUCCGGGUCCUGCCUUGCUUCGGAUACGUCGACGACGUAGCCCAGUGUCGCACUGGCUUUGUAUACCGAUGUCCGGAACCUCAUACCGGAGACGAAGCUAAGCAGCACGAAACGCUGCACGGUAUGAUCCGCCAGUCCGCCGUCAGCCGUGGAGAUGAUCCCAUGCCCAAACCCUCGCUGGGCGAGCGCUUUCGACUCGCUGCAGAGCUUGCGGCGACUGUCUCCGGGAUCCAUGGCUUCGGCUGGGUCCACAAGGGGAUAUCAAGUCACUCGGUCAUCAUGUCCAACAACCCGGAUGGAGAUGGUCAAAUCCCACACCUCAUCGGAUGGUGUUAUGCGCGCGAGCAGAAUGGGGAGACCCUAAAGGUCAAUUCAAUCGCGGACCGGGCAUCCAACCUGUAUCGCCACCCGAAGCGUCAAGGGCACCCCAGCGACAGGUUCAUGGUCCGGCACGACAUAUACUCGCUUGGCGUGGUACUGGUCGAAAUCGCCCUUUGGAAAACAGUGGACACAAUGUGCGAAGGUGUCUAUUUGCCCGUCAAGAUACGUGAGACCUUGUUGCAGCGUACUAGAGACACAAUCCCCUGGCUCAUGGGCGAGUGUUAUGCAGACGCUGUGCGGCGGUGUCUCGAGGGGGAUUUCAAUAUCCAAGGUGACCAGAACCGCGAGGCCCAACUCGGCCUUGCGUUCAGGGAGUUGGUCGUUGAUGUGAUUGCAGCUGGACGGGGUCUAUGA